AAAAUGUCUGCCGGAAAAAGAACAUGUGAAAGGUAUGAAAGGGUUGAGGAGGAGAACCUUGUGAAAGGUGUGAAAGACCUUACUCCCUAUGUGUUGAAAACGUCUAUAGCUGCUGCUGCAACGAGUGGUCUCAUCUUUGGCUAUGAUAUUGGGAUUUUAGGUGUCGUGACUUCCAUGGAUUCGUUUCUGUUGAAGUUCUUCCCUUCUGUGUGUGGGAAGAAGAAUUUGGACAAAUUCACAAACAACUACGACAGUCUUAUGCUGACAAUGUUCACCUUGUCAUUGUACCUAGCGGCGCUUUUGUCUUCCCUAGGAGCGCCCACUGUCACCCGUCGCGUUGGUCGUAUAUGCUCCACCACUUUAGGAGGCUUCCUCCUUUACAUUGGUGCUAUGCUCAGUGGUUUCGCCGAAUACGUUUGGAUGUUGAUUCUCGGUCGAAUCGUGCUCGGCAUUGGUUUUGGAUUUGUCAAUCAGUCAAUGCCAAUGUAUCUCUCUGAGAUGGCUCCCUACAAAUACAGAGGAGCACUAAACAUCGGGUUCCAAUUUGCUAUGACAAUCGGUAUUUUUUUGACGAAUUGGUUCACCUACGUCUUUGCCGAAAUCAAAACGGUUCCCGAAUGGAGGAUGUGCUUGGGUGCUAUGUGGAUGCCAGCUCUCGUAGUCAUGAUGGGAUCAUUCUACGUAACUGACACUCUAGAUUAUCUGAAUUUUCUGGUUGUGUUAGGCGAACGGGACAAGACCAAGGGCCAGCUGAAGAUAAUGUUCAGGGGGGAAAACAUAUUCUUAGAGUUAAAUGACCUUGAGUUCAAAGGACCAGAGUUUAAUGGCCCCGUGGCAGCUAGUGACGAGUCCCAACUCUCCAUGGCCACGCUCAUCCCCAAAAAGUUCCAGCAGUUUAUCGACAUCAAUGUGAUCAUGUUUUACGCACCUGUGUUGUUUUGCUUUAUCGGGUAUAAAGACAACAGGUCAGCUGUGAUCAUUGGACUUUUUAAUGUGUUUGCGAACCUUGUCUCCAUUAAUGGGGUUGAUAAGUGGGGUAGGAGAGCCCUCUUCCUUGAAGGUGGGAUCCAAAUAUUGAUAUGUCAGGCUGUGGUUGCAAUUGCUAUUGCUCUCAAAUUUGGAAUUGACUGAAACCCUGACUGAUCUGACGCUGGCGCCAUGGUUCACAAAAUUGAAGCUGAGAGGUUCACAAGUGAAUUUUGGGUUGGGAUGAGAGUGGCCAAUGGGUUGUUAAUUUUGGUUGCAGGUUUCUGGUUUUUGGUUUUGAAAAGUGAUUUUGAAAAAAAAAACCUGUUUGGCUAAAUUGGUGUUGAAGUCAGUUUUAAGCCAAUUUCAAGACGGUUUUACUAUAUUUUAAAAACAAUAAAAGUAGGUUUUACAUUUUUUGUUUUCGGUUUACUUUUAGGAUCAUGUACACAUAAGUGUUCACGUAUCUCUCUCCAUCGCUCUAAGAGUGUAAACUCUUGUAAUGUCUUUUUCACCUUGUUUUUUUGCCUAAUCUGAAGAACACGGCCAUAUAUAUUCAUGUAUGGAGCAACGGACAAGUACUACGCCCAAUGAAAAUCACUAUCUCUUUGAAUAUAUUGAAUUUGCUUUCGAAUCUUUUUUUUAUUGCUCAAGAAGAUGAAGGUAGAAAGCAAUUUGUAGGCAGGG